AUGGAGAAUCAUUCAAAUAACUUAUUCAGGUUCAGUCUUGGCAACCUCAGAUUACCCAAAUCCGCCAAAUUGAGAGCUUUUGGAAUCUAUUUGGCAGGAGGGUUGUUUGCAAUUGGAUUUUGGUCUUUAAUAGAUUCGGCCAUAUACUCCAAGACGGUGAAUGCAUCAGAUGUACAUGUAACAUUCAUUGAUUGGCUACCAUUUAUUUGCUCCUCAUUGGGUAUGUUGAUUGUCAAUUCAAUUGAAAAGAAUAAUUUGUUGAACAACGAACAAGGUGGCGGCGGCAUGUUUGAUGAGGGUGCUAAUUACGUUUGGGCAGCUAGAACGAUUUUAUUCUUGGGAUUCAGUUUGUUAGCAGGUGGACUUGCUGGUAGUUUUAUGGUGUUCAUCUUGAAGUACUUGAUGAAGCAUUACUCUUUCCCAACGUUGGGCAUGGGGGUAUCCAAUAUUGUUUGCAAUGGCUGUGUAAUGUUGAGUUGUAUUGUGUUGUGGUUAUCGCAAAAUAUCGAAGACGAAUAUAGCUACAGUUUAGCUUUAUAA